GGGGAGGAGGAGACUCGGGCGCAGAGCGGGGGCCGCGAGAAGCGGGAAGGGAACGCGUGGAGCGGCGGGGCCGCGGCCGGCCCAAGGGCGCCCUCGCCUCGGAGCCCAGCGCCGGGACCGGGGCGGAGGCGGAGGCCAGCGGGGCUGCGAGCUCGGAGAAGUUUGGCAGCGGAGGGGCCGGGCGUCCCGGGGUCGCGAGGAAGCGGCUGCGGCUGCGGCGCGGGGACUCGGGCCAUGGGGGCGGGGGCGGGCGCGGAGGCGGCGCGGCGCGCGCGGAACCCCCGGAGCGGAGCGGCAGCCGCGGCGCAAAGUUAGCCCAGCGCCCCGGGACGAGCCUCGCAGCCGCCGCGGGCCCCGGACCCCGUCUCGGUCAUGGGCGAACACCCCAGCCCGGGCCCCGCGGUGGCCGCUUGCGCCGAGGCGGAGCGCAUCGAGGAGCUGGAACCUGAGGCCGAGGAGCGGCUGCCCGCGGCGCCGGAGGACCACUGGAAAGUCCUGUUUGAUCAGUGUGACCCUGGGAACACGGGCUACAUCAGCACGGGCAAGUUCCGGAGCCUUCUGGAGAGCCACAGCUCCAAGCUGGACCCGCAUAAAAGGGAGGUGCUCCUGGCCCUCGCCGACAGCCAUGCGGACGGGCAGAUCUGCUACCAGGAUUUUGUCAACUUGAUGAGCAACAAACGUUCCAACAGCUUCCGCCAAGCCAUCCUGCAGGGCAACCGCAGGCUAAGCAGCAAGGCCCUGCUGGAGGAGAAGGGGCUGAGCCUCUCGCAGCGACUCAUCCGCCAUGUGGCCUAUGAGACCCUGCCCCGGGAGAUUGACCGCAAGUGGUACUACGACAGCUACACCUGCUGCCCCCCACCCUGGUUCAUGAUCACAGUCACACUGCUGGAGGUUGCCUUUUUCCUCUACAAUGGGGUGUCGCUAGGUCAGUUUGUACUGCAGGUAACUCAUCCACGUUACUUGAAGAACUCGCUGGUUUACCACCCACAGCUGCGAGCACAGGCUUGGCGCUACCUGACAUACAUCUUCAUGCAUGCAGGGAUAGAACACCUGGGACUCAACGUGGUGCUGCAGCUGCUCGUGGGGGUGCCCCUGGAGAUGGUACAUGGAGCCACCCGAAUUGGGCUUGUGUAUGUGGCUGGCGUUGUGGCAGGGUCCUUGGCAGUGUCUGUGGCUGACAUGACCGCCCCAGUCGUGGGCUCUUCUGGAGGGGUGUAUGCUCUCGUCUCUGCUCAUCUGGCCAACAUCGUCAUGAACUGGUCAGGCAUGAAGUGUCAGUUCAAGCUGCUGCGGAUGGCUGUGGCCCUGAUCUGUAUGAGCAUGGAGUUCGGGCGGGCCGUGUGGCUCCGCUUCCACCCGUCGGCCUAUCCCCCCUGCCCUCACCCAAGCUUCGUGGCGCACUUGGGUGGCGUGGCUGUGGGCAUCACCCUGGGCGUGGUGGUCCUGAGGAACUACGAGCAGAGGCUGCAGGACCAGUCACUGUGGUGGAUUUUUGUGGCCAUGUACACUGUCUUCGUGCUGUUCGCCAUCUUCUGGAACAUCUUUGCCUACACCCUGCUGGACCUGAAGCUGCCGCCUCCCCCCUGAGGGCUGGAGGCCCAAGGUAGGGGAGGGGAGAGAAAAGCAGCACCCACAGGGAGCACCUGCAAGUUUUUUUCUCAUCACCAGCUCAGCGAGGCCAGGCAGGCAAGGACAGAAGACUCUGGGCCACUGAAUUGUUUGUGUUUAGAUUUGGACAGUGGAUACCUUUUUCUGAAAGGCACCUGGUGGAGGAGGAGAUGUGGCUACUGUGGUUUUUCUAGGCUGCUCUGAUGACGUGGGGCCAGGGUGAAGGUCUGGGUUGGGGGAGACUGGCCCUCCCUCCCCUGGGCUGGGCUUGUUCCACAGGGCCAGGGGUGCCCCUCAGUGCAGCAGCGUCUUCCUCAUCCUGUACCCUCAGAGACCCUGAGAGACGUGGGAAGACCCGAGGGUUGUUGUGGCCAGGCAUGGCCUCUCUCUAGCCAUGUGGUGUCCCCUCCACAGCUGCUGGGUCUGGAGCUCUGAUAAAGAGGACCUACUGGACAUGUCAGCUGUGACCUGGCUGAAACCAGGGUGCCCUCCUGGGCCGGUCAGUGGGCACUGGGGCAUGGUCUGUUGUGCCAGGGCUGGGCAGAGCAGGGAGGCUGCAGGCUCCAGGCCCCCUCUUGCCCUGGGGGUACCCAGUGAGAGGGAUCCAAGCAGGGGGAAUAAAUGUCAUCCCAAAUCCCACCCCGGAGAAGACAGACCGAGGACCAGCUUUAGACUUCUCCCUCCCUUUCUUCCAGAAUGUUGGCAUCUCACACUGGUGCGCCAGCCUCUGUGCCCAGCCUUGUUUUAGGGUCUUUUUCUUUGCUUUUGCUGCCCUGACCCUACUUUGUGCCUCUCUUUGGUUAUGGAGACAGUGUUUUGAUAUGUGUUUGCGUGUGUGUGUGCAUACGUGCGUGUGUGUGUGCGCGUGCGUGCGUGAUGGGAAAGGCAAUUGAGGCAAGUCAGUCCCUGCAGAGAAGGCACAGCAGAUGCAGGGGGUCAUGUGGGUGUCGGUGCGAGGUGGGAGACUAUGGUGUGCUGUGGUUGCUGACUGCCCUUGCCUGACAAAGCCUGUCCCCUUCUUUCCCAUCUCCUGUCCCUUCCACACCUGCCCCUGAGCAUCACUGACCGGCAGCAGAAUGGCCCUGCUGGAGGGAGAGCUCAGCCCUUCUGGGAUCCCCAGGUGCUGAGGUUUGCCAGGUUCAGCUCUUGUUUCCCUCUGGGAUGGCCUUUGUAUCCAAAAGAUUUCCGUCCUGUCUCCCUUGGGAGAGAAAGAGCUUUGGGGGCUCAAGAGAGGCUGGAGUAAGGACUGUUGAGGCCACAUGUCCAUUUGAGUUGGGACAGGAGGCUAUAGGAAGAGGAAUUCCAACUUAGGUGGAAAACUUUGCCUCGGGACAAUUGCUGGGUGCGUGGUUGAACCUGAGUGGGAGGGCAGCCAGUAAGCUCAGAGACUUGGCUGCAGGAGAGAACAUGGCCAUUAUCACAUCCACCCCACCCUAUCUCACAGGUGAAGAAAUGAGAUUGCAGGAAUGACCCUCCUAACAGGAGCUGGUGCAGGCCCCGAAUGGAGGGCAUGGGGAUGAUCUUUGACAAAAAAAUGAUACUCCCUUUAUUGGGCUCUUGGAAUUCUUAACCACUGACAGCCCAAAAGAACAAAGAAUAUCAGGCCUGGGAGGAGGCAGAGGGGCUGGGCGCAUCCAGAAACAGAGGCAGGAGCAUGGGGACUGUCUUCCUCCAGCCUCAUGCCCAUCCCAGCCCUUGAGCAUCGCGAGGUCCAGGGUUACUCAGACUGGGCAUUUGGGGUCUUGGGGAAUGGUGGCUUCCCAUCCCGGUGAGUACAUGUAAAAGGGCUCACUCACUCACUGGCAGGCUAGGCUCAGCCUUUCCCCAUCUUGGCCCAACGCUAACUAGCUUGCCCUGGCCUCAUGUAUAGCUUCCCUGGCCAGUGUGGUGCUGUGGGUGGCAGUCUGAGGCACUAUGGGGGCAUGUCUUGGGUGGAGUUGCGUCAGCCUGGGCUGUCUCGUGUGUGCCCUGCCUGCUGUUCUCUGCCCUAGUGAUAGAAAGGUGUAGAUGGAAGAGUCAGCACCUCAGAGGAGGAGGAUCUGCGGCUGUGGAGCUGGGCUCAGGGAAAAUCAGGGGAGGAUGCAGAAGGAGCCAGGACGUUGCUGCCUCUGCCCUGGGCUGCAGCUACAGUAAGCCUAAGAGCCAUGUGGUCCCUUCCUGGAGGGUGGAGAAUCCCCUUCAGAUUCCUGUCCUGGCCUCUGGGGCUUCUGGGGUGUGGGUGGAAUGAGCAGAGUGCCACCUCUGUCUGGUAUGACCUGGAGAGGGGGCUUCCUUUCUUAGGGGCAAGAAGGCAAUGAACUAGAAGACUCUAGAAAGCCCUCAAAGAAGCGCUGAGUUCCCUCGGGGCCUCCCACAAAAGCUUGUUACGAGAAAGACAGUGGAGGCAGAAUCGUGUCUCCCACCAUGUUAAGUGUGUCCUCUGCUACGAGGGACCCUCAUCUACACCUUAGACCAGCAGCCCCAGCCCUUCCCUGUCAGGGCACCCACCUCCACCACCUCUUCCAACCAUGACUUCUAAGCAGAGCCACAAGCUGAAGUCAUAGGGUCACUUCAGCAGACCCAGGCCUCUCCUCAGGUCAGGAGGCAGCUGUAUGGUCAGAGGGGUUCACUCGGUGGCAUCUGGCCUUCUCCUCAGCAGGUCCCACCACCCUCCUGGUAGCACUUCCCCUGGCCAAGGCUGGCCAUGUCUUCCCUGCCUCCUUCCUUAUCCCAGUGGCUGCUGCCUGGAGGGUGGUGUAUAUAUCUUCAGGCUGGUGGAGGUAGGUCAGCCUUUUAUCCACAGCAUACAGAAACUAAAAGCUGGGGAAUCCCCAAACAGCAGCCGUAGACUCACUGGCUCACUCAUUAAACGGGAGAGGAAUCACAGAAACUGGGGAAGGGAAAACAAACCUUCAAAGGAGAAAUUUCGCUUUAAUGACACUAUUCAUCAUUCAUUUUUUAAUUAGGAAAAGCUCCCUAAUGAGGCUCGUUUGCCAGCUAAUAGGACUCUUGAUUUUGAUGAGAACCAUUCUUGCCCAGAGGAUUAGGGGAGCCACUGCUCCCCAAGCCAAGGUCUUCCCCCAGUGUCCAAUUUAAUCUGCAAAUACGUAAUGCCGAUUCCCUGCGCGCCCUGAAAGCCCUUUCCUGGCAUCACUCACGUUGCUUCCGGUGCUGGCUGGAAAGCACGGUUCUCCUCUGCCUUAAAAACAGUGCCCCUCCGUGAACUGCCCCUCCGAGGACUUGCGUAAGUGGAAAAAACAAAACACAAACUGCAAUGUUUGUUUCUAAGUAUUUUUGUAUUGUGUACAUUCUGUAUAUUUUUGUUGUAACAUAUUAUUUGAGCACAGAUUCCAUUAAAGAUUUUUUUUUCCAAGC